UGAGAUGAGAUGCAGUAGGACAAUAGUUACGCAUUAAACUGUCAUCAACAAAAUAGAUGUAUAUUAUCUUAUUUUCACCAAAGAAGACUUCUUUCAAGAACCAUUAUCUAUUUUCGUAAUUUAGUUUCUUAGUGGAUUCAGAAAUGCAACAUAGUUCGAUUUUUGCAUAAUGCAUAGAAAAGGAAAUUAGCGUACAACUGACUUCACAAUAUUUGCUUCUUUUUUAGGAAAGAGUUGCUACAAUACCUUUAUACUUUAUAUUCUGAUGGAUAAGGUACAUCUUCUGGAAGAGUUGGCACACUUGAAACGCUUGAUAAAGAAUCAUGAAAAUUCUCGUGCUUUAAUCAAAUUACAAGAAAGAAAUGCAGAUUCAGUCGAUAGACGCCAUCAAAGAGUUAUUGAAAAACAGAAGGGUAAAGAUGUAAUAGAUCAGCGCAAUUGCACAAUAUUCAUUAAUCCUGUAAAAAUGACUGCAGUUCAUAAUAAAAAACAGUCACUAUCUGUCAAGAACACUGAACACCUACAAGAUAAUAAGAAAGCAAUUAUGAACAAUGUUUCAGCCACAGUUUACAUCAAUCCUAAUUUCUCAAAGGCCAAAAUUAGUCAGUUCAAGUCAGAAAUCUCAUCUAGUCAUAAUAGAGCUAAGAUUUUACGUAUGAAAUCGAAUACUGUACAAAAGGGUUAUAUUAGUCAAGAUGUUAAAAUAUUAAACUCAUCGCAAGAAGGAAACUCUUCUGUAAAGCCUCAAGUUUUAUCAUUAAAACCCCAAGCUUCAAGCACUUCAGUUGCAAAAAAUUCUUGUAAAGAAACAAGUAACUUAAAAAUAUUCAUCAAUCCAGAGUUUAGGACGGAACAGAAAUUGAAGAAGAAAGAAGUAUCAGAACUACAAUCUCAAACAACAGUUGAUGUUGGGCUCGAGAAACAAUUAAAAAGCCAAACUACUACACCAAGUUUUGAAGCUAAGAACUCUCAAUUAAUCACUGAGAGCCAUUCUAAAGAUUUAGGUAAUUUAACAGACAGUAAUCUAUCAAAGGAAUUUACUGCUCUUAGUGUACAUAAAAAAAGAAAGAUUUAUAUGAACCGGUUAUUAGCAGGUAAGGAAGUUGUCAAGAAAAGGAAAAGGUCAAUAGAUGCAAUUUCACUGUCUAGCAAGAAAAUAUUUCUCAAUCCUAAAUUUAAGAGAGGAUUUGAAGAUUUAGAAGUCCCCUCUACUUCCAAUUAUGGAAAGAAAAUCAAUCCAGAAGGUGAUAUUUCUGUGGGAGGAACUUUACAACUAAAAAUUAAUAUAGAAAACCCAGUAUCAAAGAAAAAAGAUCAGCCUGUUGAUGGACAGAAACCAAUUAUGUGUUCCCCAGACAUAUCAAAAAAAAUAUUAAUACAUUCAAAGGAAUUGCCAAAAAAAAUUAUUGGUCAAAGAUUGAGAACUCGAAGUACCUGUUUGGUAUCUGUUAGUUCAACUAAACUAAUACGUAAGAGAAAAUCAAGCCAGAACAUGUCUGAGUCAAAUAUUAUUAAGAUGGCUACAAACAAACCUAUACUCCUAACAAAAAAUAAACUAGUUAGAAAUUCACCUCUCAAAAAAGCAACAAUGAACAAUGUAAUGAUUGUUGGUAAAGAAUUUAAUAAAAAUAGUUUUACUAAAUAUAAAGUGAAUCACGCUCUUCAAAAAACCAAUGCACUAUGUCAAGUUGACACAAACGAAAUUAUGAAACGAAAGUCUAUUGCAGUAAAAAGUAACAUUACUUUUGUGCCAACAUCUAGUACCAUUGUUGCAAGAAUUAGAUCUAAAAAUGGGAAAUCUCUUAAAGUGGUGAGGAAAAAUAUUGAUAGAAACAAACAUCUCUCUGAACAGAAUAGAAGAUUGAGUGUGAAUGCUUUACAAGUGUGUAAAACUCAAACUAAGCAAAGAGCUAAUAACAAAGUUUUAUGUAAUGUUACAACCAAUGUUACAAAGAAAAACCAGUUUUCAAAAGUUAAUGUAUCAGUUAAUAAAACAUCACAUCUGCCAGCAGUUAAUUGCAGUAAAUAUGUUUAUAAAAAGGCUGAUAGGAAAGAAAGGCUGCUAACUAAAAGUGCCUUAAUGGACAAAACUAAGAAAUUAGCCUUAAUUAAAGCAAAUAGCCGAAAUAAUGUCUCAGAACGAAUAAAAUAUAUCAAAUCUAAAUACAGUUUGAUAAGAAAACAAUCUUUGAAGUCACUUAAACUUAGAUCAAACAAGGAUACAAAGUCUAGAAAAAUAUCAACACUUGUUUCAAAAAGAAAAUGGAAGCUGGAAAACCAUCUGCUGAAAAACAAGAGAAAAAAUCUGAAAAUUGUUAACAUAGGUGGAGUGUUUUAUCACUGUUCACGUACUUCGCUCACUAGAAACAAACCCACGCGUAAAGCUCUACAAGAAAAAAGAAAAGGGCUUUUACUGCAUAUCCAUGGUCAAAAAUUCCAAUUUUAUAAUAAUGGGAAAUCUUUGAAAUGUGUGGAUAAGAAUUCUGGAAGGAGACGAAUAGACAUUGGGGGAGUAACAUAUAUAAGAUCUUCAACAGGAACAUCUUUAACUAAAACAAACUACCACACUGCCAGAUCAAUACUGGUGCAAGCCAAGCAGAGGAGUAUAUCUUUGCUCAAUAGAAAACUAAGGAAAAACAACGAACCUUGUCCUCUAUACCAUCGGUUUGGACGUUGUUCUGGGAAGGAGCGAGGUACCUGUGUUCGUCAACACAACCCCAAGUUUGUGGCAGUUUGUAAAAAAUUUGUGCAGGGUGCGUGUUCGGACUCGCAUUGUUUGCUGUCACAUGAGAUGACCUGUCACAACAUGCCGAGAUGUCAGCACUUCUUGGCUGGUCAUUGUGGGAGAGACAAUUGCCCCUAUCCGCACAUUAAGGUCAGCGACAGCGCACCACUAUGUUUGGAUUUGCUUAAAGGCUUUUGUUCUCUUGGAGACCAGUGUGCCAAGAGACAUCAAGCGAUUUGUCCAUCUUUUGAAAAAGGAACUUGUUCGCGAGGUAAGUACUGUCCUUAUCCUCAUCCUAAAUCCAAGUCAGAUGAAAAACUCAAAGGAAAAUUUAAAUACCUGAAAAGGAAACCUCAGCCUGAGAAACACGUUGAAAAGGUAAGUCAUUCUAAUCUUAGGUAUUUUGAAGAUGUAAACCUUCAAAAGGAAAAUGAAAUUCAGCUGACUGAAAAUCUUGAAAAAACAGUGAAAGACAAUUUCGAAGAGGAUGAAGAAAGAAGCCAUCCAUUUAAAAAUCGCCCAAGACUUGGUAGUCUUCCAUCUUUUAUCCCUCUGAGCUUUGAUGAUAGCAUCAUUGAAGAUAAUACUGCGCAGUCAUGACAUGGGAUGAAUGUAGUGAUUGAUAUGUAAAUGUGUAAUAGGAUAUGAAACUUUAAAUUUCAUUUUGUGGAUUGACGUUUUUGCACAUUGUUGUUUUGAAUGAAUUUUAUACAUCUGUUUUUCUUUUUUUUAUUUUGCUAUAAUUUUGUGUUAUAGUUGUAAUUAAAAUAUUUAUAUUUUGUUAUAAUAUUAUUCUUGAUGCCUUUUUUAUAUUGCUUAAUUAUUUUAAGUAAAUUUUUUUCCUUAGGUAACAAUGUAAUAAUAUAUGUAUACUAUGUUCUAUUGUGAACACAACUUAAAAUGCAUGCCAUUUACCAUGUAGACAUAUAUACCAAGAGAUUUACUCUCACAUGAUUAAUUCUUUAGCUUUUAGAUCCAACAUUAAAAUGUGAAUAUUUUUAUAGUUUGAAGUCAAUACUUAUACAACAUAUCAAUAUGAAUAAAUGAAAAAAAAACCUGUCAUUAAGAAUGUAAAACAAUAUUACUACCAAAUUGUAACAAUAAGCAGUAGGGAAAAGAAGCAUGAACACGAAGUAAUUUCUUAAAAAUAAGAAAAUUUUUAUCUUUUAAAAAAGGGUUAUACUUUUAGCCGUUUCAGUGUCAACAUCCUCAUUUUAUAGAGUUAAAAAAAAUUAUCAUUAACUCUUAAACUGGCAAUCAAUAUUAUAAUGUUAAUUCGAAUCAAUUCUGUAGUGGCGGUCAACAUUAUAAUGUCCGAUUUUUAAUCCAGUGAGUUUUGAUUUAGUAAAAAAAGGUAUUUAUUAUUUGAUUAACGAUUUUAUUAUGGAUCUUUAUAAAUUUAUAAAUAGUGUUAGUAAUUUCAUGGUUUUAUACGUGACAUGUUAGGAGAUAUAUUAGUAAGUCUAGGACAAUCUAGGCUAAUGUGCAGUGCAGUAGUGAAGUGCUUGAGAGCUACAAUAUCAGUGAUAUAUAAUGAGUAUAGUUUAUCCUUGGUUAUGGUUUAUAUCUUGUUUUAGGCUCCCAUUUCAAUAAUAUCCCAACAUUUUGCGGAUAGAUUGUCUGACAGAGAAGUCGUUGACAUGUCAGAUUCAGACAACAUAGGCCUUGCCAGUGACACCUAGGUUACCCUUUUUACUUUUUGGAACCCCAAACUAAGCCAAUAUUACAGCAAGUCAAAAUUAAUAUUUAUUAAUUGUAAAAUGUGUGUAAUAUAUAUAUAUAUAUAUAUAUAUAUAUAUAUAUAUAUAUAUGAUUCAUAUAAUGAUAGAGAAAUGAUUAAUCAGGGAACAGUUUUAUGUAAAUGUAAAAAAUGUAUAUUUAAAAUGUAGAAAGUUGAAUGGUAAAUUUGAUCAGGCCUCAGGGUAAGCUGUUAUUUAGUAGAGUAUCUGCAUGCAAAUUUACGUACAUGUACAGAUCACUAUCACCAUCUUUCGAUACUUUGAACUUGUGCCUAAGAGUUAGUACCCAAAAGAAACGAAUUAUUUACUUUCUUAAAUGCUCUAUAUUUAAUUUUUUUUUAUAUAAAAAAACUUUAUUAUGCUUGAUAUAUUUUUCCAAUUUUUAUUGUUCUAUAAUCUUCAAUUGGUGAUUUGAUGUCUUCAGUAGUGGUAGACAGCUUCUCCCUCGUGUUUUUCUUGAUGGCAUCUAUUUUGUUAAAGACCAUCUAUAUCUAUCUCUAUCUCUCUUCCUUUAUCAUACAUAAAAAAAUGAAAAAUCACAUUGGAGUAGGUCAGGCAAGUAAGGUGCGUUAGACAACAGUAUCCUGUCACUUUACCAAAAACUGGCUACUACCAACAUGCUGUGUGUGCAAAUGCAUUGUCACUUGUCACAGUCCUCUAUCUGCCAACAUCCCCAACCAAAAUCUUCACUCAGUUUUGCUGAACAGAUUUCCAAGUUACACGCCUGUUGCUACACUCAUGCUUUUUAAUUUUAUAUAAUAAUGUUUAAAUUUGACAUUAUUUAAUUUUUCAAAUUAUGCCAUUGCAUUCAAUUUAGCAAUAUUUUGAAUGUGUAGUGUAAAACUAUUGAAGUUUUUAUGAAUGUGUCUUAUUAUAAAAGUCUUAAUGUUAGUUACAUGUUUCCAAAAAUGGAAUGAUUGAAAUUGUCUUUGAGUUACUACUUAACAGAUAAUUACAAAUUCAACUUAGGGGACUUAUGAAACCUGUUUAAAGUACUUUGAAUAUUGAAAUGUUAUAUUGGGCUGGAUUGUAAUUAAUUGGUAAUGAACAGAGGAUUCCUUAUUGUAAUCAAGUCCCUAUUCGUAAUCUAUGUUACGAAGGAGUUUUUUUUACCAUUUCUCCUGCUCAGCUGUUUAAAGGAAGUCUAUUGUUUGUUAUGGAUACACAUAAGAGAAAUAGGGGCCUGUUGUGGGGGAGAACACAUUGACAGUCUCCAAUACUAUCUGCUAAUGCUUAAAUUGUGACAUUACGCAACAGUUGUUGAUGUUUAGUAUAAGUUUAGAUUUUAUAAUACAUUGUAGAAAGGCAUGUACAUUUAAAAAGCAGUAGAUUGUUUACAUGAAUAAAACAGUUGUUGAGUGCAGAGCAGUUUGUGAUAAAAUUAUAGCCAUAGUUGUAAAUUUGUAAUUAUUGCAUGUUGUAAUUUAUUUCCAUUAUAGGAUGUGUUCAAUACUUAUAUAGAUUUAUAUUUUUAUAUAUAGCCUAUACAUAUUUUAUAGUACAAUUUCAAAGUACAAAUGUAUAUAAUUUAAUUAUUAUAAAUAAAUAAUCUUUGUCUAAACAAAGUGCAACGGUGUACAUUUAUCGAUGAAAAACGCAACAAUUUAACAUGAAUUGUGUAAAUCUGUGAUGUAAGAAAUAUGAAUAUUCCAUGUCUUUUUUAUUGCAAAUAUAGUUUAAAAAAUAGUUAUUGUAUGAAAAAAAUACAUUUCGGCACGUAAUGCCUAUUUGAAAUUAUUACUGAGCAAUGCUAAUAAUGAAUAGAAUCACUGUUGGUACUUUUGUGCAAAGUAUACCAUGCAUGUUUUGGUAUAAACUUAUACCUCAGUUAUUCCUUGGAAAGUGUAAAUAAAACACUAUUAUCAGAAAUUUUAACUAUUACAUAUUCCAAAUUUUGGGUUUGUAUAAAAGAUACAGAUAAACUAGAAGGUACACAAAUCAUAUUGUUAUUUAUAAAUUAUAGUGUAGUAAUUGCUGGCAAUUCCUGUUGCAAUAGCAAUCUUCCAUAUGUAUCACCAACAUAGUAUAGUAAGCAAAUAAUAAUUUAAUUUGGCAAAUAUUAUAUUGUAUCUAAAGUGUAAAUCAAGGUUAAAUCCUUAUUUCAGUUAAAAUGGACAAAAAUAAAUUAUUCAACAUUAAUAUUGUAUCUUUUAAUCCUAGGUAAUUUAUGUAAUUUGAUUACUUAUUAAAAAAAUAAAGCGAUUUAAAUAAA